UCAUCAUCAUCCUCAUCUUCUUCAUCAUCAUCAUCCUCUACUUCAUCAUCAUCUUCUUCUUCUUCUUCAUCAUCAUCCUCUUCUUCAUCUUCAUCCUCUUCUUCUUCUUUUUCUUCAUCAUCAUCAUCCUCUUCUUCAUCAUCAUCCUCUUCUUCUUCAUCAUCAUCAUCCUCUUCUUCAUCAUCAUCAUCCUCUUCCUCUUCUUCUUUUUGUCUUCCUCUUGCAGGUCACUGCUCAUGCGCAGAUUUUUUUUCGGUAAAAAAUCAGACGAUUUGCCCAUUAUUGCCGCGAAAAUCGGCCGAUCGGCAAAAUCGGCCGAUUUUUUCCCCAACUUUACCGAUAAAAAAAAAACGGCCAAAAUACCGAAAAACGGCCGAACAAAGAGCCCACUAA